CAGCUGGUCAUCAAACAAUCAAGCAAAAUGGCUUCACAAAUCUUGUUCGUUACAUUCUUCGCCAUCUUCGCCAUCUCUAACAGCCUGGGAGGCAUAGUUCCUGCAGUCCCAGCAGCUGUCCCAGCAGCCUACUCAGUUCCAUACGCUUCAUCAUACAGUGCCCACGCAGUCAAUCAUGCCAUCGCCGCCCCAGUAGCCGCCCCUCUCGUUGCCGCCCCAGCAGCCGCCCCCGUCGCUAGAGUAGCUCCUGCUCCUGUUGUCGCAUCUCCCUACAGCGCCUUACCGUACGCAUCUGCACUGCCUUGGGGAGCAGCUUACGCUGGCUUACCAGCUGCCUACUCGGGGUUGCCUUUGGGGGCAGCUUUCCCCUACAACGCUCCUCUCGUAGUAGCCAAGUAAGGUGACGUUGGUUGACAGGUGUGUGCCGAUAUGUGUUCAAAAUUCAAAAUUCCGUCAAUAGAUUCUUUGAAAUAACUUUUCUACAACGCGCUGUUGCUGAAAAUACCAGAAAACAUAAUAUAAGAUCGACCUUUAACGUUAUUAUCUUCAGUGGAAUAAUGUGUUCCUAAUCUAGGAUUAUUUCUGUAGAUGUCAGCCAAGUUUUCCUGUUAUAACCACCUAUUAGGCAUCAGAUAGACCCAGUCAUACGUUUCGCUAGAUUUAAACAACAAUUUCACGGGUAAUAUUGAUUUUAUCUAUCUCCAUAAAAUUUAAGAAUUGCUUUUCCGCCUACUAGUCCCACUUUAACGGUUUGGAACGCUUACUUUGUCCGAUUCUGUUCAUUUCGAAGAAUCUAUACGACACCGAUAAAAUUAAACACAUUGUAGACCGUGUGUUAGGUUCAUAAAAAGUUUUUACCGCUGCUCCGUUUGGAAAAGAAAGUGGAACUUGUAUAUAUUGUAUAUAUGUGAAGCUUAUGUUAUCAAUAAAUAUUUUUAGUCUUGAAUAGUAA